GAAGGCUCGCAAGUCACAAUUUCAGUCAGCUGCAUAAUAUUCUGUAAGGUUCUGCCGUCUACAAUACUACCUCUGGUUCUUCAUCCUCCUCAAUCCUCUUCCUAUUUCCCGUGCCAAUUCCAAAUCUUUCACUUCCCCACCUCUAUUAGCUUCCAAUUUUCUUACUCCCCUGAUUCAGUUUGCAUCUUCCAGUCCUCCAUGAGCCAAUAAAUUUAGCUGCUUUCUCUUCCCUUUCAUUUCCCGAUAUACAUAUUACUCACUCAUGGCCGCCGCCGCUCUCAGGUCCAGGUCUUCCAAGGAAGUUUCCAGUUUCACGGUUUCUCGCUCUAGACACUCUAUAUCCAAUUAUAUUCACGCUGCUUCCAAUCCCAAUUCCCACUGCACGAGCCGUAAAAAGUCGAAUGACCUUUAUCUCAACUCACCUUACCACUUGGUCUCUUUCAAGCCGGUCUCACUCAGAGGCGAUUUUAUUGAGAACAGAAGUCAACCAUCCGAUCAUCGGAGGAUUUAUCACAACUAUAACAAGAACUUGUAUGGGAAGUUGGGCAGGGGGGGUUGUUUUAUGAGCACUUAUGGGGACCCGCCGGAGGUUUGGUCUGGAGAUGGGAUUGUGAUUCGUGGGAGCAAUCCAAACUUGAAUGGUCGUGGAGGCGGCGGUGGCAGCUCCAACUCUGGUUCUGGUGGUGAGUUCAGCUCGAACUCGAAUGAUGGGUGUUGGGGUGGUUCUAGUCUGGGACCUAAUUUCCCAACCCCGAAGGAAAUCUCCAAGGGGCUUGAUAAAUUUGUAAUUGGUCAGGAGAGAGCUAAAAAGGUGCUCUCUGUGGGUGUUUACAAUCACUACAAGCGCAUCUAUCAUGAAUCGCUACAAAGGCCUACAGGAGAUACAGUUGACAACAAAGCUGAUGCUGUGGAUGAUGAUAAAGUGGAACUUGAGAAAAGUAACAUCCUUCUGAUGGGGCCAACAGGCUCAGGGAAAACACUACUUGCCAAAACCUUGGCACGGUUUGUUAAUGUUCCAUUUGUUAUUGCAGAUGCAACUACCCUAACACAGGCAGGAUAUGUUGGAGAAGAUGUGGAGUCUAUAUUAUACAAACUUCUGAUGGCUGCUGACUAUGAUGUGGCAGCUGCGCAGCAGGGCAUCGUUUACAUUGAUGAAGUUGAUAAAAUUACCAAGAAGGCAGAGAGCCUUAAUAUUAGCAGAGAUGUGUCAGGAGAGGGUGUGCAGCAGGCAUUAUUAAAAAUGCUAGAAGGAACGAUUGUCAACGUGCCUGAGAAGGGUGCACGAAAGCAUCCCAGAGGUGAAAAUAUCCAGAUCAACACUAAGGAUAUUCUUUUCAUAUGUGGGGGUGCCUUCAUCGACUUGGAAAAAACAAUCUCAGACAGGCGCCAAGAUUCUUCUUUAGGGUUUGGGGCUCCAGUUCGUGCGAACAUGAGGACAGGUGGUGUUACAGACGCCAUUGUUACUUCUUCUCUGUUGGAGACCGUUGAGAGCAGUGAUCUCAUUGCAUAUGGGUUAAUACCUGAAUUUGUUGGUCGAUUCCCUAUCCUUGUCAGUUUGUCAGCCUUAACAGAAAACCAACUUGUUCAGGUCUUGACAGAGCCAAAAAAUGCAUUAGGAAAGCAGUAUAGAAAGAUGUUCCAAAUGAAUGAUGUCAAGCUCCACUUCAUAGAAAAUGCCCUGAGAUUAAUAGCAAGGAAGGCAAUGUCUAAGAACACUGGAGCACGGGGCUUGCGAUCAAUAUUGGAGAAUCUAUUGAUGGAUGCUAUGUAUGAGAUUCCUGAUGUCAGAACAGGUGAGGAUAUAAUUGAUGCAGUCAUCAUUGAUGAAGAAUCCAUUGGGUCGAACAGCCCCGGUUCUGGUGCCAAAAUACUUUAUGGACAGGGGGCAUUCGAUCGCUAUCUUUCAGGACAAAAGGCAACAAGAGUAAGAGAGCCAGAACCUGAAGGUGACGCAGAUCUUCCUUCAGUCGUUGCCAGCAGCAUGUAACCAACCAUUUGUGGAAGUCUGUGUAUUAUAGCUUGAACGAUGUACAUAUUACUAGUCUACAUCAAUUUAUGAUUCAACAAUUGUCACACAGAUUAACUGGUUCUCUACAAGUGUUCUAUGCUUAUAACAUUUAUUCCGAAGGGGGCUGUUCAUCAUUCAAGCAUGUGACUGAGUCAACUAUGUAUUUUACUUCUGAAAUCAUUUCCAAGAGUUGUUUUAGUUGUUCUGAAUCUUCUGAAA